AUGGGAAGAUCUCCAAGCAGUGAUGAGAGUAGUGGUCUGAAGAAAGGGCCAUGGACACCUGAAGAAGAUGACAAACUCAUGCAUUACAUUCACAAACAUGGCCAUGCCAGCUGGCGAUCCCUUCCCAAACUUGCUGGUUUAAACCGAUGCGGGAAGAGUUGCAGAUUGCGGUGGACGAACUACUUGCGACCCGAUAUCAAAAGAGGCAAAUUCUCUCAAGAAGAGGAGCAAACAAUUCUCAAUCUCCACUCCAUUCUUGGCAAUAAGUGGUCGGCAAUUGCAACACACCUACCGGGAAGAACAGACAAUGAGAUAAAGAAUUUCUGGAACACACAUCUGAAGAAGAAGCUGAUCCAAAUGGGUUUCGACCCGAUGACCCAUCAACCCAGAUCCGAUAUUUUCUCGACCCUGCCCCAUCUCUUAGCUUUGGCUAAUCUCAUCGUCGAAACUAACCCUUCAUGGGAGGAACAAGCCAUGCGCCUCCAAGCCGAAGCCGUUCAAAUGGCCCGGCUCAACCAGUGCCUCCACUACAUUCUCCAGCCACCACCACCGCCGCCGCCGCCGCCUUUCCAGAACGACGGCGGCAUCAACACUAAUACUAUUCAGGAUUUGGCUAGCACUUUAAGCCUUUUGAACUCGCUGAACGAGGGCUCCAACAACAUUUUGAGCCACCACCUGGAAGCGGCGGCGCCGCCGCCGCCGCCGCUCGCCGGCGGCGGUUAUCUUCAAGAAUCGGCUCCCAGCUUCUCGCAUUUGCCUGAUUUACAGGACUUUCAGACAUCUUUCUGCGGCCAAGGGGAGAAUUCGAACUCACCGUCUUCUCCAUGGAUGCUGCCGGAUCUUUCUGCAUCUGCGGCGGCGCCGCCGACGGAAACUUCCAUGACGAACAUCACGGCCGGCGGCGACGCUUGCAGCACAUCCAGCUAUGGAGGAGCUCAAAUGUGGUCUGAACUUUUGGACGAUCCUCUCUUCCAUGAAAUUGCUUAA